GCUGAGGGGAGGCCCCGCCGCCCGCCCCUGUCCGGCUCAGGCCUGGAACAGCAUGGCCGCCAGCCUCUGGAUGGGAGACCUGGAACCAUACAUGGAUGAGAACUUCAUUUCGAGAGCCUUUGCUACAAUGGGAGAGCUAGUUCUGAGUGUGAAAAUAAUUCGGAAUAGAUUAACAGGGAUUCCAGCAGGCUACUGUUUUGUAGAAUUUACUGAUCUGGCAACUGCAGAAAAAUGUUUACACAAAAUCAAUGGGAAACCCCUCCCUGGUGCCACACCGAUGAAGCGAUUUAAAUUAAAUUAUGCCACAUAUGGAAAACAGCCUGAUAAUAGCCCAGAAUAUUCAUUGUUUGUUGGAGACCUUUCCCCUGACGUGGAUGAUGGGAUGAUCUACGAAUUCUUUGUAAAAGUGUACCCUUCAUGUAGGGGUGGCAAAGUAGUUGUGGACCAGACGGGUGUUUCCAAAUGCUAUGGUUUUGUGAAAUUCUCAGAUGAAUUGGAACAGAAAAGAGCACUGGUAGAAUGCCAAGGGGCUGUCGGUCUUGGUUCUAAACCAAUACGCUUGAGUGUUGCCAUCACCAAAGCGAACCGGCUAAAGACUGUUGAGUAUAACCAUAUGUACAACUAUAACUACAGCCAGUACUACCAACAGUAUCAGAACUACUAUGCGCAUUGGGGAUAUGAUCAGAACACAGGCAGUUACAGUUAUAGCUAUCCACAGUAUGGCUACACACAAAGUACCAUGCAGACCUACGAAGAAGUUGGUGAAGACGCACUAGAAGGAUUCCUUUUGUUUUCAGACCCAACACCCCAAAUGGAUGUGGGUGAAGCAAAUAAACAGUUCAUGGAACAGAGUGAAGAACUCUAUGAUGCCUUGAUAGAAUGUCAUUGGCAGCCUCUAGACAGUGUCUCCUCAGAGAUUCAAGCCAUGUAAUUUCCUGAUCGCUUGUGUGCUGUUUCCAAGUGUGCCCUGGGCUCCGACCAAGUGCAUGGAACCUGCAGCUGCAUAAGGGAUCCUCCCUUUUUGCUCCUGGACCGCUGACUCAAACGUAGAGGGUGGCAUUUGGCACUUCCUGUGCACACAGAGUGGCAGUGAAGCAUCUUGGUCACCUUUAUUCCAAAUUCAGACACUCGGUUUUCUUCUUUUCCCCAAGUUUUGACCUUGAAACAGACUUGCUGAUCCUUGUCACAGAAUUGUAAUUUAUAAACCUAAUAAGGUGUAAUGGGGAGGGGGGAAUUUACUUAUGUGUACAUACAAUAAAAAAAAUAUCUUUUGCA